GAAAUUCAGACCGCAGCCAGAGUAAACACCCUGGAGCCUCGUCGCGAGAGUAUAGAUAAUAAAAUUGGGCGCUUGCGCGCCACCCUUGCUGCUUUUUCCGCAAAAAAGACACUUCGUCUUUUCACUCGUCAUCGUCGCCGGCGGCGGCUGUUCGGCUCUGCACUUCAAUUGCAACAACGGAUCAGAUUAAAAACUCACUGCUUGGUUCAGCGCACCGCGUGCAUCGUAAUGGUCCAGAUGAAGAAAACGUGAAGAAUGGCAGCGCGAUUCGCGCUCGAGGCGGCCCUGGCCGUGGCCUUGACCUGCGCCACGGCAGUGCGGUGCUCCCUGCUGCUGGAGGAGGCGCGCAACCUGACCGCAGGUUCAUGCCGACCCGAGGAAAGGUGCGCGGCCCGGCGCCAACCCAUCGACGAACACCCUGCAGACAUUCCUCUCACCAAAUUUGUAUUUUAUCCGUGUUUCUGCGACGAAAAUUGCCACGUGUUCAAAGACUGUUGCCACGACGAGCUGGAAAACUCGUCCAGCGCCAGAUUCGAAGACGGCGACCGAAUCUACGGACUGCCGUGGUCAGUAUGGGGCUGCCAGAACUUCACCUCAAUCAAGGUGUUCGCCUUAAUGAAGCAGAACUCAGCGUGGAUGGUGAGUCGGUGCCCCGAGCACUCGGACCCUGAACUGGCGUCCCAGUGCGCGACGACGGCCCCAGACAGGACCUACAUCCACGACCUGCCGGUGAUCGCCGCCGGCGUCCUCUUCAAAAACAUCUUCUGCGCCAGUUGCUUCGACAUGACCUACAAUGAUCUCUACCCGCUCAACCUGGAAAUGGCCUGCGAGGGCAAAAACGUCACAAGUGAAGAUCUGAUUGACGCAACCUACAAACCUGGUGAGCUGACGUUUCAACUAUCGGACGAGUCAAUUUGCAAAUUAGAAAUCAAUCAAUUCCACAACAUGUCGGCGUUGAGUAAAGAUUUGGUGCUCAACGGAUUCCCACCGAUCAGACAGUGUCGGCAGGUGAUCGACUAUUGUCCUGAAACCUGGAAGGAUGCACAAGUGGCGGAAAAGUGCGCUGGCUACUGGAUGAUAGUGCAGGAAUUGAACAGAAGAAGUAUUAAUUCGAGAACGUUUAAAAACCCGCACUGCGCCCUGUGCAACAACGCGACAGUGAUGAAUUGCGGCGCCCUGAUGAUGCGGACCCACACCUCUCCGACCUUCCGAGCACCCAUCGGAUCCCUCUCGCUGAUUUUCCACUUCAGUUUCGGCGGCGGAAACGUCGUGGGUCGAGAGGCCUGUGCGAAGGGCUACGUUUGGGACAACGUGUAUCAAAAGUGUCAACUGAUCUACAGCUGCGAGUCAAAAAAUUUCAAAUCGGCCCUUUGUCCGAGCGACGAACUCAACGAAGAGGUGUCGGUCGACUUUCUCGGAAACUCGUCGACCCUGAACUGCAGCAAGGUGGUGCUGGAACAGGUCGACUACACCCUGAUGCAAAACGGCUCUCUUUUCAUCAACGCCACUCGAAAAAUCGUCCACGCUGAGGACUUCAUCCCCCUGAGUGAUGAAAGGGUGGAAAUUUGCGUCGACGAGGGGGAUGAAAUUCUUCCAAUGGAAACCGGAGGCGAAACGUCCUUUUCGGAAUGGCAGAGUUUGUUGACCCUGAUCUGCACUGUCGUUUCGCUGAUCGGCCUCUCGCUGCACAUCCUCGUCCUGCUGGCCGUGCCCAAGUUGCGGAAUUUGCCAGGGAUGAUUUCGAUGGGCAUCUCGGUUUCCCUGUUGAUGGCGCAGCUGCUCUUCCUGAUCGCCACCAGUCCGAGCAGACCUGCAGACUACGGGGGCUGCGUGGCCCUGGCGGCGAUUCUCCACUUUUCGUUUCUCAGCGUUUUCGCGUGGACCGCCAUCAUGAGUUUUGACAUCUGGAGGACCUUUUCGCACCCCACUGGACACAUUCCGGGCAGGAAGUCGCAAACGUGGAGGGUGCAGUUCACCAAGUAUUGCGUUUUUGCAUCAGCAAUACCCCUAGUCAUCGUCGCAAUAGCCAUUGGCGUGGAUCAAUGCGGCCUAGAACUAGCCAUGAGCCCACAGUACGGACUUUCAACGGCCUGCUGGUUUGGAAGUCGCCUCGGACUGGGCAUUUUCUUUGCCCUGCCAGUCUCACUGAUUCUAAUUUUCAACCUAUGUCUCUACACGCUGGUGGUUUUGCGCAUCAAGGAACAGAAAAAGGCGACCAAAUACAUCGAAGAGCGACAAAGCAGCAGAAGAGCAAGAUACACUGAAAACGACUGCAAGCUGCACUUCAGCAUUUUCAACGUGAUGGGCGGCACAUGGAUUUUGGGUCUGAUCGCCGGCCUGGUGGACCAUCCGAUCCUGUGGACGAUUUACAUAAUCAUGAGUGGCUCACAGGGCGCCAUCAUCUUCGUUCUGCAGAUCAUGAAGCGGCGAGUGCUGCACAUGAUUCGCAACAGACUGGCCGGAAAGGAGGACACGGUCACCAACACCAGCGGGUCAGGCAGCAGGACCACCAGCGCCCUCCUCAACCGCAGUUCCGAGAGGUCGUCCGGCAACAACACUUUUAUCGAGGGACCCAUCCUCAUGAAGAGCAGAGUAGAAUAAAGUUUCGCCGCUGGAGGUUUCAGGCUUGACGAGAAUCAAAAGACGCAUUUCGCUCCUCGCCGGCAGAUUCAAAACAGCGAUAGCUAAGUUUAAGUGGUUCUAGUCAAAACAGGCCUAUUAUUAGCCCUAUUGUCGGCGGAGAAAGAAGAGAACAGCUCCAAAUAAAGCACCGUGGGUCAUCAUUAGACCGAAUAAAAUAUAAAAAUGCGAUCUAACGGGAACCCUAAUCCCACGCAUUUAGCUAUCCCCUGCAAAAACUGAACUUUGUCUCUCUCUUUUUUAUUGAAAACUGAGAGCGUUAAUAAAUGUGUCUAAUUAUCAAAUGACGAAGCAUGAAUAUUUAUUAUUGCGAUGUAUGAGAAUUCGAUCCGCCGCCCUAUUCGUUUUCAUCAAUAUUGAUUAGGCAUGUGCGCCUCUGGGUCGCGCGCUCAGAUUACUAAUAAUUCUUUAUAUAAAGAGUGUACUAGGGCCGCUUCUUCUUCAGUAGUAUUUCUGUAUGAUGUGCGUGCAUUUGAUUACAUGUAAUUCACAGUCUAAUGUGUAUAGGCUGAGCUGCGUUUUAAUUGCAACUGGCGAGAAGGUGUAGUGAUGUAAAAUAUGAAUACAUAAUCAAGAUAUAGCAUAAAUUAAAUGUUGCAUUCAAGAAAAAAUC